AUGGCGCCAAAGGGAGAGAAGAAGCCAGCGGAGAAGAAACCAGUGGAGGAGAAGAAAUCGACUGUAGCCGAAAAGGCUCCGGUUGAGAAGAAGCCGAAGGCCGGGAAAAAACUACCUAAGGACGGUGCCGGCGCCGGAGACAAGAAGAAAAAGAGAAACAAGAAAAGCGUGGAGACAUACAAGAUCUACAUCUUCAAAGUUCUGAAGCAAGUUCACCCAGACAUUGGUAUCUCAAGCAAGGCGAUGGGUAUAAUGAACAGUUUUAUUAACGAUAUCUUCGAGAAGCUUGCUGCAGAAUCUUCAAGACUUGCGAGAUACAACAAGAAACCAACAAUCACAUCGAGGGAAAUUCAGACUGCUGUUAGGCUUGUUCUGCCUGGUGAAUUGGCCAAGCAUGCUGUUUCUGAGGGUACCAAAGCUGUAACUAAGUUUACAAGUUCUUAG